CUAUAGCUUCUGCAUUCUGCCUUAUGGCUCCUGUAAUUUUAUGUGCUUCUACCUUAACGGUGGAUACGCAAUUCUAACUUUCGAGCCUCCGACUGAUAAUUCCAAAUUUCCGAUCUUAGAGUGCUUAAGAGUAUAAGAGUUAUGAGCUUUUGGUUUAAUUUAAUAAAAAACGCGUUUUUCGAAAUGUUACAACUAUUUUGGUUUGGCAAACAGAAGAUAUCAAAUUCUUUAAGCAUAUAUAUUAAAACGAAUACAGGUAAUACACUUUCUGUCGAAUUAAAUCCAAAAUGGGAUAUAAAAAAUCUAAAGGAAAUUGUCGCACCUCGGAUGGGAAUAGCACCAGAAGAUAUUAAAAUUAUAUUUGCAGGUAAAGAGCUGCACAAUUCAACUAUAAUAGAGGAAUGUGAUUUAGGGCAACAAAGCAUUUUACAUGCUAUACGGACGCCUCAUAAAAUACUGAAUAAAAGGCAAGAUAUCACCAAUUCUGUAAAAAAAUCUGCAGAGACUAUUAAUUUAAAUGACAGUGGCAGCAAACCUAUGAACGAGACACUUAUGGAUUUACCUUUAGAUGAAUCGGAUCAACAGAAUUUAGCCUUGGAAGAACAGCAAGAAAAUCGAGCACAUUUUUACGUAUACUGUUCGGAUCCUUGUAAAGAUGUGACGGUGGGUAAAUUAAGAGUCAAAUGUGCAAGAUGUGGUAGUGGUGCUGUAACUGUCGAUAGAGAUCCUCAAUGUUGGCCAGAUGUGUUGCAACCAAGGAGAAUAAUUGUACAUUGCGAAAUUGAUUCUUGUCCUGUAACUUCAGAACAAAAUUUGUUUAAUGAUGAAACAGAUAAUCAAGUUUCUUAUGCUCGUUUUUACUUUAAAUGUGCCAAGCAUCCCAGUUUGGGAGAGAACGAUGAAGCUGUACCCUUAUAUCUUAUAAAACCAAACUUAAAAAAUAUCCCUUGUUUAGCUUGCACGGAUAUCAGAGAAGUUGUACUGGUGUUUCCAUGUGAAGCUGGUCAUGUGACUUGUCUUGACUGCUUUCGUGAAUAUUGCUCAAUUCGUUUAUACGAACGGAAAUUUGAGUUUGAUACUACUGAGGGUUAUUACACAUUAUCUUGCCCUGCUGGAUGCUCUGAUUCCUUUAUUCGUCAAGUUCAUCAUUUCCAUCUACUUAGUACAGAACAGUAUGAAAGAUAUCAACGAUUUGGUACAGAAGAAUAUGUUUUACGUGCUGGUGGGCUUUUGUGUCCAAGACCCAAUUGUGGGAUGGGUAUUAUACCACCAAAGGAUACAGAAUGCAGGAAAAUUCAGUGCAUUGGUGGAUGUGACUAUGUCUUUUGCAGAAUUUGUUUACAAGGAUAUCAUGUAGGAGAAUGCGAAUCACAAAUGUUGGAAAUAUCUACAAGUGUUUUUUCUUCUAAAAAUUAUUCAAUAGAUUCUAUAAGAGCCAACGAAGCUAAAUGGGAGGAAGCUAGCAGAAAAACGAUACAGAUAUCUACAAAACCUUGUCCCAAAUGCAGAACUCCUACUGAACGAGAUGGAGGUUGUAUGCAUAUAGUGUGUACAAGAGCUGGAUGUGGCUAUCAUUGGUGUUGGAUAUGUCAAACAGAAUGGACUAGAGAGUGCAUGGGUAAUCAUUGGUUUGGAUAAGAAUUUUGAAAAAAAGAUUCUAAUUUGAUAUGUAUAAUAAUUUACUAGAUUUACUAGAGAUAUAUAAAUGUUAUAUCUAAUAGCAUUUUCGACCAGCUUGGGUUAAUCGCUCCGGGAGCGAUUAAUGACGCCAUAAGGCCCAUCACAGCCAGAAGAAUGGAAUAACUGUGAUUGGCCAGUUCUAAAAGAAAAGAACCUGAGAUGGGUUAGCCCAGCUUUGAUUGAAAAUGUCAGAAAGGAUUUUCUCAGUGUACAGUAAAGGCCUAAACACAAUGCCAGGCAACAGGCAAUAGGAACGGGAAAUAAAGAAAGAAAAAAAGAGAAGAUCCUUUCUCUCUUUCAUUAUUUCUAUUCCUAUUGCCUGUUGCCUGGCAUUGUGUUUAGGCCCUAACGCUUAUCGAAUAUUUUUGUAUUAUGGUAUAGGAUUUUUGUCUGAUUGUCGUAGAAUAAAGAGUAGAGAAAGAAGCA